GCAUGCGUGUUGGCUUAGCGUCAGGACUGUUUCACGCUGGAAAGGAGUUGACGCGUGCACUUGACGUUUAGCCCGCAUCGGGAGGAGCUUGACAAGUUAUAGCGCCGUUGUUCCCCAGAGCUAGACAAAGGUCACGAUGAUCCAACUUUUGAAACUUCUCCUGGGUACCGGAUCUGCUGCUGUUGUCAUCCUGCUUACGAUCGCGUCCAUCCGAACGCUGUCACUGGACGUCAAUGCGGGAGUUGAACUGGGCCGCUGGCCGACGUUGAGGGAGCCCAUCUCGCUCGAUAUUGACCAGCGGAGACGAGAGGAACUCCUGACUCGCUUUCAAGAGGCCAUUCGGAUCCCCACCGUGUCCUUCUCGGCCACAGAGCGCAACACCACUGCACUGCUGCACUUCAACUCGUUUCUGCGAAGAGCCUUCCCAACACUCUUCACCUCCAGCUCGGUCCAUCACCAAGUGGUGGCCAACUACAGCCACCUGUUUUGGGUGCCGGGAUCGCAGCCCGACCUGGCGCCCUACCUGCUGUUGGCUCAUAUCGACGUGGUGCCUGCCACCGAGUCGGACGGCUGGUUGGCUCCGCCUUUUUCUGCCCAGGAGAGAGACGGUUUCAUCUACGGCCGAGGGACCAUCGACGACAAGGGCUCCUUGAUGGGUAUUCUGCAGGCCCUGGAAUACUUGCUAAUGAAAGGCUACGCACCGCGGCGAGGAUUUUACAUCGGUCUGGGCCACGACGAAGAAGUUGGCGGUCAGCAGGGAGCCCAGACCAUGGCGCGACUGCUGAAGCGACGUAACGUGCAUCUGUCCUUUGUCCUGGAUGAGGGUCUGGCCGUGCUGGACGGCGUCAUCGGCGGGCUCCAGGGCCCCGCCGCUUUGAUCGGCGUGAGUGAGAAGGGGCUGGCCAGCGUCAGGCUGAGCGUGUCCACGCUUCCCGGCCACGCCUCCAUGCCUUCCAGGCAGAGCAGCAUCGGGAUCUUGGCCGCCGCAGUUCAAAGACUCGAGGACAACCCCAUGCCCAUGUUGUUUGGUUCUGGACCUGAACGGCAAACCUUUGAACACCUGGCUCACAAGUUUGGGCUGCCCUUGAGGUUCAUCCUGUCAAAUUUGUGGCUUUUUUCUCCACUUGUUGGCAGGUUUCUUGAACAAAAGCCAGAUUCCAAUGCCUUUGUACGGACGACGACCGCAGUCACAAUCUUCAAGGCGGGUGUAAAGUCCAACAUCAUGCCUUCCAUGGCCGAAGCCCACGUGAAUCUACGAAUUCACUCGGCGCAGUCUUUACGAGAGGUCCUGGACCUCAUCCGCUCGACAGUCGGCGACCCCCGCGUCGAGAUGGAGCUCAUCGAGGGCUUCGAUCCGCUGCCCGUCAGCUCGUUCGACGAGAAAUCCUUUGGCUUCCAGAUGGUCAAGAAAAGCAUCUUGGACCUGUUUCCCACCGUCGCGGUGGCUCCAGGCAUCUGUGUGGGGAACACGGACAGUCGACACUUCAAAGAUCUGAGCGACGACAUUUACCGCUUCGCCCCUUUGUGGUUCAAACCGGGCGAUGCCGAGAGGUUUCACGGCAUCGACGAAAGGAUUUCCCAGAAGAACUACGAGGAGCUUGUCGUCUUCUACUCCAGACUGAUCCAAAACGCAGACAUUGGCGAGCUUCCUGAGCCUCACGCUUCCAGCCAUGAACUCUAGACCGCAACAACAGCCUUGUGCGCGUUCUCCACAAUCAAAGGCAGGAAGUCGACGGCACUGUGGAGACGGAGGGAAUCGGUGCACGUGGAAGCAAGCGGCGCACGUGGAAGCAAGCGGCGCACGUGGAAGCAAGCGGCGCACGUGGAAGCAAGCGGCGCACGUGGAAGCAAGCGGCGCACGUGGAAGCAAGCGGCGCACGUGGAAGCAAGCGGCGCACGUAGAAGCUAGCGGCGCACGUGGAAGCGACUCUGGCUUACGUGGCCACAGGCACGACAUCAUAGCUCCUCUGGAUGUCCACGAUCCGAGAGGCCACGCUAGCGGUGAGCAGUAGUGCGUGUGGUCCACUUGAAUUUGUCUCUGCGUCGAUUUUAACUCGGAAUUCCUAGACGACGAAAGACAACUCGGUCGAGAUGCGGCCGGCUCUGGGCCCGCGGUGAACGAGGAGCUCGGCUUUUCCAUCGUACCUGCACGAAGGAUGUGUAAUGGCUCUUGGUCACUUGGCCGUUGUUUGCGUUCAGCCACAAGAUGUUGAUGCCGUCAAAGCCAUGUGUUCUCAAGUAGUUGAUUGCAGACUGGAUAAAGGUCUGUCUGUGUGCGGCCUCAACCAGCAUGUCUUGGACUCUAGCGAGCCAGCAAAAAGAGGUGAGACAGUGCGCAGCUUUUCCUUUCAGUCCUUUUCAGAUCUGUCAUCUGAACAAAGCGUCUUUGGUGGUGACCGUGACUUACAUGGUUGGUCGAAGCAUCAAGUUGUGCCUCCAAAUUGGUUUUCAGGUUUGCAUUUCUAUUGGCGAAAAGGUGCGUCUGUCAUUCUUUUCACCAGCAAAAUGUACCCGCUCAAUGUCUGACCUUAGGCCAUUGAAGGCUGGAAAUGUUGCUUCGGCAGCCCGUGAGGCCGUCAUGGUAUAAUUUGAUUCGAUGUAGGCAAAGCCAAAGAUCAGCUGAGUGCACUUAUUGAUGAGGGGAGUGAGGUUUUGAGAUUGAAACCUGUGCAUUUUAUUGCAAAUGGCCAUGUAAUUAAAGGUGCUGGGUGUGCGCGUUUUAUUGCAAAUGGCAAUGCAAUUAACUAAAGGGGUGUUGUGUGUGUGUGUGUGUGUGUGUGUGUGUGUGUGUCAUUAGCAACAAGUGGCCCAAGACUGCUUUGGCACCCAUUCUGUUCUUUUGUCACAGAAGGAAUCUCUUGAGUGGGAGUGAGGCGUAUGCCCAUCGACCGAGUGUGACAGUCUUCCGUGGCUCGCUUUGACCGACCUCUUCCGCGCGGUCCAUCCCUUUGUGUGGCUCGGACCGCAAAAGCGGCGGCCGCUGGCGAUCAUUCCUCGGAUUAAUUGCACAACACUUUAUAAUCAUUUCCCAGCCAUUGAACGGCAGUCAUUCCCUGCACUGACAACCAACCUGACAAAGAACUUGAGCGAGGACCUAACCAACGUCCGGCGGGAGCGGAAAUCACGCCGGUAAAUCUGCAGCAACAGGUUUGGGGAAGUUCAGAAGCUUCACGGGGUGUGUCUCAUACGUGCACCUGCCUUACAGUAAGAAGUAACAUCGCUCGCUCCCGUGACAUCUCCUUUUCUCGAGCCGCAAACCAGGAUAUAGAGAUGUAAAUAUUGCUCCGCAGCUUGAGAAAUGCAUUUGACGGUGGCACUCUUGGUCUGCCAUUAUCCAUUCUUCUUUGCGGGACUUGAACUUGGCCCAGUCUUGACCCCCCACCCCCCCCCUUGGCCUUCAUUUCGAGCCCGGGAGUAAGAUGGCGGCGCGUGCACACGCAGCGGCCUCUCUCUGUCCCGAACGGUGUUUUGUUUUGUCGUUUAAUGUGGGUUUGUCCGACAGUUUUGUGUGUUCGUCUCGUCGCACCGGGUUGUGCUACAAGUACAGCGGGCUGGUUCUGCUCGACAUGGGCGAAAGCGAGUUUUGUGGCGAUCUGGACUUUGAAGCGGGGACAUUAAAGGCGCUCGGUCUGCUCCGUCCUGAAGCGUCGGAAGCGGUGUGCGAUGAGGCUGAAGAGGGGCGAGAGCGGGGGCGUCCGGGACAGGCUGGCGGCCAACCCAGCUCGCCCGGCCGUGCCUUCCUUUCUUCUGGCGAACGUUCGAUCGCUGGGCAUCAACAUGCCUGCUGAGAUCUACGAACCGGACAGUGCGUAACUGCUGUGCAUCUGGAGCGGCUAGCGUGCUAUCGGGCGGACCGGGCCAUUGUACGAGGGGGAACAUGGCGAGGAGGUAGAAUGCGCGUCUACAUCCGUGACGAAUGGUGCCGGGACUCUGUGGUGGGAUGCAAGCACUGCUCUCCUCUUGCGAAGUUUGUGAUCUCCAGGCUUUUGGGGUCCUGAACUCUCUCCCCCCGUUGUUUACUUGUAUGUUACUCGUGUACUAUGUCUCGUCACCGUGGGAUGGAGGAAACGUAAUUUCGAUUUCUUUGUGUGUCUUGGCAUGAAGGAAUUGACAAUAAAGCUGACUGACUCUGAUUUCA